AUGUUCCGGGGUCUGAGCAGUUGGUUGGGCUUGGAGCAGCCGGCGGCGGGCUGCAGGCAGCCGGAGAGAAACAGACAGCUGGAGGGAGACGCUCCACCCGAGCAGCACUCCGAGGAGGUGGUGGAGUCGGCGGAGGAGGAGCCACAGCCAGCGGGGGACCAGGAGCUCUUCCACCAGGCCAAAGGCCUCGGCAACUAUCUAUUUAACUUUGCAUCUGCUGCUGCAAAAAAGAUAACUGAAUCAGUUGCAGAAACAGCAGAAACGAUAAAGAAAUCGGUAGAAGGAAAAAUAGAUGGCAUCAUUGAUAAGACAAUUAUAGGAGAUUUUCAGAAGGAACAGAAAAAAUUUGUUCAGGAGCAACAUACAGAAAAGUCAGAAGCAGCAGUGCCCCCAUGGGUUGACAGUCAUGAUGAGGAAACAAUUCAACAACAAAUCUUGGCCUUAUCAGCUGACAAAAGGAAUUUCCUCCGUGACCCCCCGGCCGGUGUGCAGUUUAAUUUUGACUUUGACCGGAUGUACCCUGUUGCCCUGGUCAUGCUCCAAGAAGAUGAGCUGCUGAGCAGGAUGAGAUUCGCUCUUGUUCCUAAACUGUAAGCAGAAGAAGUGUUUUGGAGGAACUGCUUUUACUGCGUCUCCCUGAUAAAGCAGUCAGCACAGGUUACUGCCCUGGCCGCCCAGCAGCAGGCCAUGGGGAAAGAGAACAACAGCAGAGAAGAUGAUUUGCCACUGACAGAGGCAGUUCGGCCCAAAACGCCAACUGUCAUAAUCAAAUCUCAGCUUAAACCUCAAGAGGAUGAGGAAGAGGUUUCUACUAGCCCAGGUGUUUCUGAGUUUGUCAGUGAUGACUUUGAAGCCUGUAACUUAAAUCAGGAGGAUCUGAGGAAAGAAAUGGAGCAGCUAGUACUUGACAAAAAAGAAGAGGAGACGACUAUAUUGGAAGAGGAUUCUGCAGAUUGGGAAGAAGAACUACAGCAGGAACUUCAAGAAUAUGAAGUGGUGACAGAAUCAGAGAAACGAGAUGAAAACUGGGAUAAGGAAAUAGAGAAAAUGCUCAAAGAGGAAAAUUUGCUGUUUCCUGAAAUAAAAGAAUAAUCCUUAACACUCUGCAAACUGACAGUAAACUCUAGAUGUUCAGACUCAAUGAAUUAGAAGGCACAGAAGAGUAUAACUUUAUUGAAACUCAAAAUUGCUUCAUUAUGCUUUCAUCAAGCUGAAACUUGCUUCUACCUUUUUAAAAAAAGUAUACAGAACAGCUAUUCUAAUAAUCAAGAAG